CAUAUCGAAAUUGUUCAGAAAUUUCCAAUUUAUUUUUCAGAAGAAGUAGCAAAUUUUGUAUUUCCUUCCAAACAAUAGCGAACAGAAAGAGUAUUUGUACAAAAAAUAAGCACAUAAUUCUUUCAUGAAAGGGCUCUAAUAACAUGGUUGUUAUUUUUAGGACUAGAACACAAUGUAUACAUAGAAUUUCAGAAUUCGAUCAACACCAGCCAACCAAGCAGCUGACUUUCAACUGUUUGUAGUUGUGUUUGACACAUAAAGUACGUGUACGAUCGAAACAGUUCAUCAAUAUGCCUUAUCCGGGGAUCGCCUUAGGUUUUCUUCUAGGUGUAGGAGUUGCAGUGGCUGCGAUGGUUUACUUUCUCAGCCAGACAGACACAGAACGUCCCCAUCACAAUUAUCAUAAUAACAACAGAUCACCAAGCAGAGAACCUGGAAAGAAUCAGCGUGGUAGCAAUGGAAACAGCAGGCCUGGAUGUACAACAAAUUCGUCUCGACGUAGACGUAAGCAGUCUCCAAAGGAAGAGGUCACCAGAUGUGUAAUUUGUUACGAAGAGUUGACUAAUUACAUAACGACUCUGUCAUGUCAACACAGGUUCCAUUUCCAUUGUAUCCGUGAAUGGUUCAAGGAAUCCGAAACCUGUCCAAUGUGUCGUAAGACUGCUGCAGAGUAAUGCUUGACAACACAAACAGAAGUCACUUGUUCAAUAUUCUAGCUCCAGUUAGAGGUUUGUUUAUGUGCUGAUACUGUAUAGGAUGUCCAUACUUGGAAUUUUUUUUUUAUUGUCUAUGGUCAGCUUGGCCGUCGUGACCCCAUCGGGGUUUCGUCGCGAAAGAACCACGGUGGUUUCGCCUUGGUUUCCGUGACCAGUCUUUACCCACCAUUCUGGAAGGGGCGACAAGCAAACAUGCCUUGAGUGGGACUCGAACCUACGGUCGCGGCGGCCAGGCGCACGAGGUCCUUGCCUCAGACCGCGCGGCCACUGCGCCACUUGGAAUUAAAUGGGGUAAUAAUAUUUAAAAAUAAGUCAUUGGGGAAAUUAAUGAAAAUACAUGAGAGAAUGUAGACUGUGCUGCUUCCAGGUAAAAUAGUAGAAGCUUAUGCGUUGGAGGACUGUAAUGUGCUUAAAAUUAUUCUCUGUGCAAAGCAAGUUCAAGGGAAAGGCCAUAUUUAAAUGUUUACUUAUAUGCUGGCAGGUUGUACAGAUGUACUUGCCAGGUAUUUGUGAAUUACUUAAGACUGUUGGUGAUGAGGUGUUUUGACUUAGCAAUAAUUUCCGUAGAAGUAGCGAUCAUUAUCCACCGUUUCUUUAAGUAGAAUUAGCGUCAUGUAUGCCCAGAUUUAUUUCAGCCAUUAGUCUGUUAGGAGCUUUAUAUUUAAAUCAGAUAUAUGGAUAAAGUCUUAGAUUUUACGAGUCUUAAGUAUUGGUUAGUGUACAGGGUUAACGACUGAAUAUAUAUACAUAAAAUUAAACAUAACACAGAUGCAGCGGUUUACAGUUUUGUGGUGAUUGUUUGGUACUAACAUGGACAACAGACAUAUAAUGACAUAACUUGAAUAAAAUUGAUUCAAAAUCACGAGGAGAUUUGGUCUUUUAUUAUGCGAAUGUCCGGCUCCACACCUCCGUGAGGAAAUUUUGAUAUUGUUUGUGACGAUCCUAUAAUGAAUUUAUUUAAUUCUUCUGUGGUUUUAAAAUUUUAUACUUUUUUUUUGUAGGAGAGUAUAAAUUAUACAAUUAUUUUAUAUUUAUUAUUUAUAUGAAAUUAUGUGUUGAUUUUUAUCUUAAAUAUUAUGACCUUGAACUCCUGACAGACUACGGCUUGUGCCGGUACUGCUUUGUUUUUCUUUAAUUUAUAUAUUCUGCAAUAUUUGAGCGGGUUCUGAGAUGGUAGUUCCUGCCUUGUAAAGUUACGUGCUUGUGUAUUACAUUAAAAGAUCUCAUGUAGCAGGACAAAGGAAGUGGUUUUCAGUGCUGUGGGAUGUCGCCACAUACUUUGCUGUUGCAUAUAUUCUGUUCUACUGGGUUUCACGGUUUUGUUUUGCUGUUACUCGCAUAAUGAUGAACUGAUAAUAUUGCUUUGUUUAUAGAACACUGUUGUACACAAUUGAAAAGUGCACUUAUUAGGAUAGCUAGUAUAAAAUUACAGAUUUGUAGUUAUUCUCAUUAUGAAAAUAAAUUACUUCAGUACGUAUUAUUUCAUA